ACAUAGUUUAUUUUGUGAAUUUAUACGUGUUUUUAUAAUGUUACAUGAUUCUGGUCACGUACCUAUAUUGAAACGGUUUCUAGAGCCUGCGAAGACAAAAAUGUAUACACGUUUCAACAAUUUGCUAGUCAUUCGUAAGAGCAUGAUGUUUUGAACAAUCAUGUGUCGGUAAUCGUGGUUCAAAUAACACAGUUUAAUGCGAUAAGAUUAUUCACUAAUCAGGUUGAAUUACUUGGAAGGAUAACAUAUAUAAAUAGGCCUGAAAUAUGGCGCAACCACAGUUCAUUGUUACAUGUUCUUCCAGUAAUUACAUCAUCCCUGAAAUUCCUAAUAACAUGAUUGUUUCGACAAACCCCUUCAUGGGGGUAUUUAUUUUAGCAAUCCUUGCGCUAAGCGGCAUCCAAGCACAACAGGCUGGAACGGACUGUAAUGGAAACAGCUACUAUUGCCUUGAUCCCGAAAACUACCAACUUUGUGCGGAUCUUCCGGAUGGCGGCUCGGAAACUACAGACACAACCGUCUACCCAUGUGCUCCGGAUUCAUUUUGUGACAAUUCUGGACGGGCUGAGUGUGAUUCUUCGGCUAGGCCGGAGGAAGCGGCAUCAUCUGAUGAGUCCCCAUCAGAUGAAUCAUCAACCGCAGCUUCUUCAUCAACUAAUCCAGACUCAACCGUGGACUCCGAAUCAUCCACCUUCUCCUGCUCCACAGCGGGUCGCUUCCCGGAUAGUGGCGAUUGCCGCAGUUACUACACCUGUCUACAGCUUCCCCUUGGACUGUCCCAACUACAUAGCAGUUGUCUCUUUGGGAUGGCUUUUGAUCCGAUAACGCAACGCUGCUCCAGUAAUCAGAGCCCGUGCCAAACGGAUUUUUCUUGUAGUACAGUAGGAGUGUUUCCGGAUCCACAGGAUCGAACUAGUUACUAUCGCUGCCAGCGGAAUGGUUCCGGCUAUGAAAGCUUCCAUAUGAAGUGUGGAAUCGGACAGCGGUUCAAUGUAAGACAGGGUCGAUGUUCUUUGCUUGGGCUGAGAGAGGGAGGAAUGGAAGAUGAAGUCCAGUCACCAAUGAAAGAUUUGAUGAGAGUUCCCGGAAGAGGUGGUUACAACUAGGCGGAGAUGAGCCGAUAUUAUUGAUUGGGUUAAAUUUGUAACACUAUAGAUUCACAUGGAUCAUUGAUAAAUUUUUACGUUUUUUUACGCUGAUACUUAGAGUUGAAAAAAAAAAUAAACAUUUCGGUUUGUUACCGUUUUUUUUAAGUUUUUGUUUCAGACUUUUUUCUGUCUUGAGCUUCUACUUGCUUAAUUCUCCAGAGGGACA